GUGUUCAAGCGUAAAAAGACCGUUCAAACAGCCCAAAAUACAAGGGAGUAGCAAAAAGCACUUCCCAACUGCAUCCGCAGGCAGGAAAAUGUGAUUGGCCUAAUUAACAGCCAAUAUGCAAUCCCAUUCCCGACAAUACUAACAAUACUAACACCUUCCCAUUCUUUCCCAUACAUCUUAAUCUCCACUCAGAAUCACUCCAAUCCCAAUUCAAACAGCAGAUAAAUGGCUUCUUCUUCUUCUUCUUUCCCUUUACUUCUAGCAAACCCAGAUUCUGGUUUCAAGUUCUUGAAACGUAACAUCAAGAUUCAUGACCAAAGAACAGCUACAGCUCUCGCUCUUCGUAUUAGAGCUGCUUCUUCGAGUUCGAGUGAUAGCAAUCUUUCUUCAUCCAAAUCAACCAAGUUGGUCACUUUUUUAGGCAAAGGUGGCUCCGGCAAGACCACCUCCGCCAUUUUCGCUGCUCAGCAUUAUGCAAUGGCUGGACAUCGCACAUGCUUGGUAGUACAGACCCAAGAUCCCUCUGCUGAGUAUCUUCUGAACUGUAAGAUUGGAACUACUCCUGUCUGGUGCAAUGACAACCUUUCAGCUGUUAGAUUAGAAACCACUAAAAUGCUUCUUGAGCCUCUGAAACAACUAAAGCAAGCAGAUGCUCGACUUAAGAUGACUCAAGGUUUCCUUGAAGGGGUGGUUGGGGAGGAGCUUGGUGUGCUACCUGCAAUGGAUUCUAUUUGUGGUGCAUUUGCUAUUGAGAGGCUUGUCAAAUUUGCAACAAAUAUAACCCAGGCAAAAGCCGAGAAGGAGAAAUUUGACAUAGUAAUAUAUGAUGGAUUGAGUAGUGAUGAAAUUCUACGAUUGAUAGGUGGACCUAGUAAAGCAAGGUUGUACUUGAAAUAUCUGAGAAAUUUGGCUGAAAAGACUGAAAUUGGGAGACUGGCAGGGCCUUCACUCCUGAGACUUGUUGAUGAAGCAAUGAAUUUAAGUGGUGGGAAUUCUCAGUUGAAUGGUAAAAUCAGUGCAGAACUAUGGGACAUUUUGGAAAAGAUGUUGGAGCGAGGAUCCUCUGCCUUAUCUGAUCCUUGGAAAUUUGGCUCCUACCUCGUAAUGGAUCCAAAAAGUCCAACCUCUGUGAAUUCCGCACUACGCUACUGGGGCUGUGCAAUCCAAGCUGGCGUUCAGAUUUCUGGUGCAAUUGGAAUUGCUUCUCCACAUUUGAAUUCAAAAUCAAUGGAACAAAUCAAAAACAACUUUUCACCUUUGCCUUUUGCUUUCCUACCAAAUUUCUCAAUGGAUCAUCCACUAGAUUGGGAAUCAAUCGUGUUAAACACUGUUGGUCAUGAUGCAAGGGCUCUUUUCUCUCCAUCAGAAAGUCUCAGAGCGCACUUCACGUCGCCAGUGAAGUUUGAUGAAGCUAAAAAAUCAAUAACCCUUUUUAUGCCAGGUUUUGACAAGACAGAGAUCAAGCUAUAUCAAUACAGAGGAGGGUCUGAGUUGUUGGUGGAAGCAGGAGACCAGAGACGUGUAAUUUGUUUGCCGCCGAAAAUUCAAGGUAAGGUGGGGGGUGCAAAAUUUGUCGACAGAAGCCUUAUAAUCACAAUGCGAUAGCGCGAUAUGAUUUAAUUAUGUAAUUCAAGGAAUAGUACUUAUUGGUUUUGGACUUGUGGCUCAUUCGCCCUUUGGAAUAUAUAUAUAUAUAUAUAUAUAUAUAUUUGCUGUGGUUUUUCUAUCAACACAUUAUUCCAGUUUUGUGUACUGGUAGCCCUGAAAUAUAAUAAGAUAGAAGCCAAUUUUGAUGAUGCAAAAUUCCUUUGGAGCAUCUAAACCUGUUAUCAAAUUGUAUUCCUUCUAGCUUUUCCUUUUCUUUCAGGUUUAACUGGACUGAUUAUAAGUGUAUCAGAAUAUAUACACUGUUCUAUGAAAACACGUAAUUGAGAAGACAAAAUAUACAACAGAAAAUCCACCAAAAAAAAAAAAAAAA